AUGCUCGAAAACCUCGUCGCUGGCUUGCUCAACAAGUACCUCGGCCAGUUCGUGCAGGGGCUGGACACCAAGCAGCUCAACCUCUCGCUCUGGAGUGGCAACCUGGUGCUCGAAAACCUUCAAGUGCGCGAAACUGCAUUCAGCGAGCUCGACCUUCCGAUUUCAGUCAAAGCAGGUACCAUCGGCACGCUGACACUGAAAAUCCCAUGGAAGAACAUUACGACCGAUCCCGUCGUUGUGCUGCUCGAUCAAGUGCUGGUUUUGGCAACCCCGAAUCUCGAUCUCGAUUACGACGCCAAGCUCCAAGAACGCAUUGCCGAGCGAUCCAAGCGCAGCAAAAUUGCCGAGUACGAGUCGCUCAAGCUUCAACGCGAGGAGGCGGAACUUGGCGCCCAGGAAAAGUCCGAUUCCUUCGCGGUCAAGAUGGCGACGAAAAUCAUCGACAACAUUCAAGUGAAAAUCAGCAACAUUCACGUUCGACUCGAGGGCGACAAGAUCAACAAUGCGCUUCCUUUCGCUGGCGGCUUGACCCUCGCUCGCCUAGACCUCCACUCGACGGACCAGACGUUCGAGAUCAACUCUUCAAACACGUCGGGCGACUUGUUCUACAAGCUUGCCGUGCUCGACAGCCUGUCGGUCUAUCUCAACACUGCAACCGACAUGCUGAAUGGCAUGGCCGCCGCGCAACUCUUCCCUAAGCUUGCCAAUCAGAUCGCCCGUCGUGAUCACGCGGCUCCCCACAACUACAUUGUGGAGCCGAUUUCUUUUACAGCCGAG